GGAUUUAUUGGUAAGCGGCUAUCCUGCCAUUUUCGUGAAUGAGAAGAGUAGACUGAGUGUAGACGACGGAAGACAUUUUGGAUUGCAUCUGUGAGCAACUUGCAUAGGUCAUCAACAUGUUUGCGACUCGAACCCGGCUAGCUGUUCGUCAAGGAACAGUCCUGCAGAGGCAGUUUGGAAUAUCUGCUGUUGUUGCUAAUAAAGCAGUUGAUCCCAUUCAGAAACUCUUUUUGGACAAACUGAAUGAGUACAAAGUCAAGAGCAAAGCUGCCGGAGGAAAAUUGGUCGACCCAUCUCCUGCUAUCCAGAAAGAUAUUGCAACUGAGCUGGACAGAGUUCGCCGUGUUUAUGGUGGAGCUGAUGGAGCCGAUAUGACCAAGUUCCCCACUUUCAACUUCCCUGAACCCAAAGUUGAUCCCAUUAAUUCUUAAACACUGAGAAAAAUAUAGUAGUGGUAAGACAUUAAGAUUGCUAUGGAUCUUCAAUUCUUCAUUGAAGAGUCAGGUGUAAAUAAAUAAUUAGAAAACCAA